UCACUUCAACCUAAUAUUCCCAUUCCAAUAAACGCAUUGACACCAUCAUCUGCAUAUCAGAGAAAAAAUGGACAUCCCAAAACUCUCAAUUCUCUCGAUUUGUCUGAUGGUGGCCCUGCAGCUCGCCUGCGCCCAAAACUCCCCUGGUGACUUCCUCAAAGCCCAUAAUGCUGGCCGUGCACAAGUUGGCGUCCCGCCCCUCGCUUGGAAUGAGACCCUUGUCGCCUAUGCUCAGGACUACGCCAAAAAACGAUCCGGAGAUUGUGCAAUGAAGCAUUCUGAUGGACCCUAUGGUGAAAACUUGGCAGCGGGGUCGUGGGACGUGAACGCCAAAGAGGCGGUGCAAAUGUGGCUUGACGAGAAGAAAUUCUAUGAUGUGGGUUCGAAUUCUUGCAUUGGAGGAGAACCGUGUUUGCAUUACACACAGGUGGUUUGGCGAGGCUCGACCCAUGUUGGGUGCGCCAGGGCGAAGUGCUCGAAUGGAUGGACGUUUGUCACAUGCAACUAUGAUCCCCCGGGGAACUAUGUUGGAGAGCGUCCUUAUUAAUUAGACAUUGUUAUGAUAACAUAAAGUGGAUUACGACAUUACUCAUAUAUAUAUAUAUAUAUAUAUAUUAAAAACAGUUGUAAUCCUUUUUGUGUGUAAUGAAAUAAAAUGAAGAAAAAUGAUGAUUUUAGUCCUGUAA